AGAAAAUGAAUAAGAUACCACGCCAAAACCUAGACGACGAAUUAUCGAUUACAAGUGAUUGACAUCAAACUCUAAUGUAAUCAUCACUCUUCAUCAUCAAUGGAAGAAGAUCUGAAGAGCAAUUCAAUUAUGCAACCAUAAUAGUACUUGUAUUCGGCAUGAAAAUUAAUAUUCGAAGUUCCUCUUCUACGAAACUAGAAGCAGGAGCUCAACCACACAAUUGCAUCUCCAUUUCAUCAAGGCUCCAACCUUUUCCUUCUCUUACCGGAUUGUCUGCUGAUUGUAAUGGUCCUUCUCCUUCUCACUGGCGGUCGCCGCUUCAGCGCUCCUUGCUGCAGCCGCGUUCGAUUUCUUCUUCUUAGCAGAAACCACCUACUUGAGCUAAUAAGUUUCAGAAUAUAUUGAGGUAAUGAGACUCGAACUUCGUAGCCCGUUUAUUGGGGUUCCACUUAAUUGCACUACGUUUGAAGCAAAAACCAAUCGAUAUAAUGGUUAUCUCAGGGGAGCUACGCGAAAACCCUUUAGAAGAGGUCUAUCAUGUAAAUGUAACAAAAAAGUUGAUUUUGUAUUCUAUGGUAACAAAAUUAAGCACUUUUGUGGGAGAAAUGCCGAGCUACUUUGGAAGAAGUUAGAAUUGCAGAGUGGUCGAGUGAUCAAUUCUGUGAGCGAGCCAAUCGUGCGGAAUGAGAGACUUGUCAAAUUUGUGACUCCGGUGUGGGAAGAGGGUUUAUUUCUGUUCAGGUGUUCCGUCUUCUUUUCGGUGAUAUCUGGGGUGUGCUUAUUGGUGUGGUAUGGGCAGUCGAAAGCAAAAUUAUAUGUGGAAACCAAUUUGCUGCCAUCGGUUUGUACCCUAUUGAGCGAUCAUCUCCAGAGGGAGCUUGAUUUUGGUAAGGUUCGCAGCAUCUCGCCUUUAGGAAUUACUUUGGAGUCGUGCUCAAUUGGCCCUCACAGUGAAGAGUUCUCUUGUGGUGAGGUUCCCACUGUCAAGCUGCGUAUUCGUCCGUUUGCUAGCCUCAGAAGGGGGAAAAUAGUUGUUGAUGCUGUUUUGUCAAGUCCAAGUUUGUUGGUAGCACAAAAAAAGAACUAUACUUGGUUGGGAAUACCCUAUUUGGAAGGUGUUCCCCAGAGGCACUUGUCCGCUGAAGAGGGAAUCGAUCAUCGUACAAGAACAAGGAGGCUUGCUAGGGAAGAAGCCACGGUUCGUUGGGAAAGAGAAAGAGAUGACGCAGCUAAAGUAUCUGCUGAGAAUGGCUAUACCAUUUCAGAGUGUGAAUCUGUCCUGCCUGAGGAUGAUACUUAUAAGGAGCACAUGGCUGGACCGACAAGGACAAGACUAGGGACUCCCGAUACUUUCCAUUAUACAGAUGAGAAAUUGCAGUGGAGAGACCAUCACUGUAUGGAUGCUGGUGCCGAGUAUGAUUUGAAGCAUGCUGAUUUAGAGAGAUCAUUUGGUGCAAAAGUUUCAAGCCUUGAAAACAGCAUCUGGUCUAGGAUAAUGCCUGGAUCUGUGAGGCAUAAGUUUAAGAGGAAGGUCAGUGGUAGGGAUUUAUCUAUGAGUAAUAUCGCUUCUAAAAGGCGACUUCUUGAGUGCAGUGCAUCCGCAGCACUUUCAUUUUUCGAAGGAUCUGUAUGCUUUGAUUAUCGAAAAAUGGAUUCUUCCAUGACAAGCAGCGAGGAUGCUGGUGCUUUUUGUUCUGAGGGGGCCCAGUUCAAAGGAGAUCAGAGAGCUGCGUAUCAGGAUGUAAAGGUUGACAAUAGUGUUGGUGGUAGAGAUGAUGAACUUGCUGGAGAUUUACCGACAAAUAAUGAUGUCUUCGAGGCAGACAACAAACUGAAGAGUGAUUUUGUUUCUCGAGUAAUUUUAGAAAUUCCAUCUAGAAAUCGGAUGGAUAAGGCUCAAGAUCCGUUUCUCUUUACUUCGGUGAAACUUAGUAAAGUUAAAAAUUACAGUGACAAAUUUUCAUCAGUAAAAACUGUUAGAGGAACAAGAAACACCAAUAAUAGUGACAUAAACAAUGAAUAUCUUGAAGGAGAUAAUGCAGUAAAAACAGAUGUCAGGUUGGUCAAGGAGGUGGAUAAUGUUGAAGAUGACAUCUCGGGCACUCACGGCUCUGGUGCCUCUAGUAGUUCCAGUCGUACUGAGGUUGGGUCUUCAAGCUCAUUUAGUUUUUUGGGAAAAUUUCCACCAUUGAGUUCACAAUUGGGCCUGUCCACUGCCUAUGAAAACUUCACAGAAGUGUGGUCUCAUUUACUUGACAAUCCUUGGGAAAGGCUGAAGUCUGAGAUCAGGGAGGGAUUUGAACAAAUAUCGACAGAAAUAGUCGACGAGAUUGGUGGAGAAAAUACUUCAGGCAUAGAGAAAAUUAUUCCUGUAGUUCUUGACUCGGUACAUUUUCGAGGCGGCACUCUUAUGCUGCUUGCAUAUGGUGAUACAGAACCAAGAGAAAUGGAAGUUGCCAGCGGACAUGUGAAGUUUCAGAAUCACUACGGGCGUGUGCAUGUGCAGCUUAGUGGAAAUUGUAAAAUGUGGAGAUCAGAUUUGAUAUCUGAAGAUGGUGGAUGGUUGUCCACUGAUGUUUAUGUCGAUAUCAUUGAGCAGAAAUGGCAUGCCAACUUGAAAAUUGCAAAUCUCUUUGUUCCGCUCUUCGAGCGGAUAUUAGAGCUUCCAAUUUCAUGGUCUAAAGGAAGAGCUAGCGGCGAGGUUCACAUAUGCAUGUCACGGGGAGAAAGCUUUCCUAAUCUUCAUGGACAACUUGAUGUAACAGGGUUGACCUUUCACAUAUAUGAUGCUCCAUCAGCAUUUUCUGAUGUUUAUGCAAGUUUGUUUUUCCGAGACCAGCGAAUAUUUUUGCAUAAUGCAAGGGGAUGGUUUGGUGAUAUUCCAUUAGAAGCAUCUGGGGAUUUCGGCAUUGAUCCAGAGCAAGGAGAAUAUCACGUAAUGUGUCAGGUUCCUUCAGUAGAAGUGAAUGCCUUGAUGAAAACAUUCAAGAUGAAGCCUCUGUUGUUUCCGCUAGCAGGGUCAGUAACAUCUGUGUUCAACUGUCAAGGCCUGUUGGAUGCUCCUGUUUUUGUUGGGAGUGCAUUGGUCUCGAGGAAAAUUAUUCAUAUAUCUGCUGAUACACCAAAAUCAGCUGCAGACGAGGCAAUGUUGAAUAAUAAAGAGGCUGGUGCAGUGGCAGCCAUCGAUCAUGUUCCCCUCUCCUAUGUUUCUGCCAAUUUUACCUUUAACACUGAUAAUUGUGUCGCUGAUCUGUAUGGAAUCAGAGCUACACUUGUUGAUGGUGGUGAGAUUCGCGGAGCCGGAAAUGCAUGGAUCUGUCCUGAGGGUGAGGUUGAUGACACAGCAAUGGACGUUAACUUUUCUGGCAUCUUGUGCUUUGACAAAAUUAUGCAUCGCUAUAUACCUGGUUACCUCCAAACUAUGCCGUUUAAGCUAGGGGAUCUGAAUGGAGAAACAAAAGUCUCAGGCUCAUUGUUAAAACCGAGAUUUGAUAUCAAAUGGACUGCUCUGAAAGCUGAGGGGUCACUUUCUGAUGCUCGUGGAGAUGUGAUUAUCUCACACGAUUACAUUUGUGUUAAUUCUUCAUCUGCUGCUUUUGAAUUAUACACAAGAGUAUCAACAUCAUAUCCUGAUGAAAAUUUGUUAUGCUGGAGAGAGUGUAAGAAAGUAGUUAGGAUGCCUUUCUCUGUGGAAGGAAUUGAAUUGGAUCUACGGAUGCGCAAUUUUGAAUUUUUCAACUUGGUUUCUUCCUAUACCUUUGAUUCUCUGAGACCCAUUCAUUUGAAAGCAACUGGAAAAAUUAAGUUUCAAGGAAAGGUCAACAAGUAUUACGGCGACCAAGUUUACCAAUCUAGUACAAACUCGGAAAUGAUACCAAAGGAAGAUGACGAAGAUGAAAAAAGUAUUUCUGGUGAUAUUUCAAUCUCAGGUCUAAAACUCAAUCAAUUGAUGUUGGCUCCUCAACUAGCUGGGGUGCUCCACAUAUCAUCUAAGGGUAUGAAGUUGGAUGCUACUGGCCGACCAGAUGAAAGUCUUGCAGUUGAAGUUGUAGGACCUUUGCAAUCUACUUCUGAAGAAAAUCUUGUGGAAAAAGUGCUAUCUUUUUCUUUGCAGAAAGGUCACCUGAAAGCUAAUGCCUGUUAUCGCCCACUACAUUCAACUACCUUAGAGGUUCGCCAUUUGCCAUUGGAUGAGCUGGAGCUAGCAUCACUUCGUGGAGCAAUUUCAAGAGCCGAGCUGCAGUUGAAUUUUCAAAAACGAAGGGGUCAUGGUGCAUUAUCUGUUCUUCGACCAAAAUUCAGUGGUGUGUUGGGUGAAGCUUUAGAUUUAGCUGCCAGAUGGAGUGGGGAUGUGAUCACAGUUGAACAAGCAAUCUUGGAGCAAAGCAAUAGCAAAUAUGAACUGCAAGGGGAGUAUGUAUUGCCUGGUUCCCGGGACCGAAGCCCGGCUGGAAAGGAAAAAGGCAGCCUGUUUCAGAAAGUGAUGACUGGUCAUCUUGGGAGCAUGAUCUCUUCCAUGGGUAGAUGGAGAAUGAGAUUAGAGGUCCCUAAUGCUGAGAUUGCUGAGAUGCUUCCUCUUGCUAGGCUUCUUUCUCGUAGUUCAGACCCCGCUGUUCAAUCUAGAUCAAAGGAUCUUUUCAUACAAAGUUUGCAGUCAGUUGGAAUAUGUGCAGAAAAUCUUAAAAAACUGCUCGAGGAAUUUCAUGGUCAUUGUGCCACGUCUUAUGAAGUUGUUCUGGACGACUUUGAUCUUCCCGGUUUAGCUGAACUUAAAGGUCGUUGGCGUGGCUCUUUAGAUGCAAGUGGGGGAGGCAAUGGGGAUACAAUGGCAGAUUUUGACUUCCACGGAGAGGAAUGGGAGUGGGGAACGUAUAAAACUCAGCGUAUUCUGGCAGCUGGUAUGUACAGCAACACUGAUGGUUUGCGUCUUGAGAAAAUCUUCAUCCAGAGGGACAAUGCCACAGUUCAUGCAGAUGGGACGCUAUUGGGCCCAAAGACAAAUUUGCAUUUUGCUGUGCUAAAUUUCCCUGUUAGCUUGGUUCCAACUUUUCUUCAGGUUAUCGAGAAUUCAGCUACCGAAGCUGUUCAUUCUCUUAGGCAGUUAUUAGCACCAAUCAGAGGCAUCCUUCAUAUGGAAGGUGAUCUUAAAGGCAAUCUUGCAAAACCAGAAUGUGACGUCCAAGUAAGGCUCCUGGAUGGGGCAGUUGGGGGAAUCGAACUUGGGAGGGCUGAAGUUGUUGCAUCUCUAACCCCAACCACCCGCUUCCUGUUUAAUGCAAGAUUCGAACCCAUUGUUCAAAAUGGCCACGUACAUAUUCAAGGAAGCAUACCUCUAUCUCUUGUACAGAGUAAUAUGCUUGAGGAAGAAAGUGCAGAAAGGGAUAGAAAUGAAGCCUCAUGGAUGCGAGAUUGGGAGGAGAGAAGUAAAGCAUCCGGUGACGAGCUGAAUGAUCGAAAGGGAUCCCGAGAUAAAAGUCAAGAAGUUUGGGAUACACAAUUGGCAGAAAGCCUCAGAGGUCUAAACUGGAACUUGCUGGAUGCAGGAGAAGUUAGGGUCGAUGCUGAUGUCAAAGAUGGUGGCAUGAUGUUGCUAACAGCUUUAUCUCCUUAUGCUAAUUGGCUCCAUGGCAAUGCUGAAGUUAUGCUUCAGUUGAGAGGUACUGUAGAACAACCAUUACUGGAUGGCUCUGCCUAUUUUCACAGGGCAACUGUGUCUUCACCUGUGCUCCGGAAACCAGUAACCAAUUUUGGAGGAACAGUUCUUGUAAAUUCAAAUAGACUGCGAAUUCACUCAUUGGAGGGUAAAGUUAGCAGAAAAGGAAAAUUAUCAUUAAAAGGGAAUCUUCCUCUACGUACAAGUGAAGCAUUUAUCGGUGAUAAACUUGACCUAAAAUGUGAGGUUCUGGAAGUGCGUGCUAGAAAUAUUUUGAGUGGUCAGGUUGAUUCUCAGUUGCAAAUAUCUGGGUCCAUUAUGCAACCAAACAUGUCUGGAAAGAUAAAGAUAAGCCAAGGAGAAGUUUAUCUGUCACAUGACAAGGGGAGUGGAACUGCACCCUUCAUUAAUGAUACAACAAAUGAACCGAGGCCUCCAGCUGGUGCUUAUGGUCGCAUGGUUGCUACAAAAUAUGUUUCACGUUUUCUCAACCUAAAACCAGCAUCAAUUAAUAGUCCUUUUCGGCUUUCACCUGGUGCACAUGAUGAAGCUGAUAAGGAGAUGGUGCAGGUAAAUGGGAAGCCGAAGCUAGAUAUUCGCCUUUCGGACUUGAGGAUCGUUCUUGGGCCUGAACUGAGGAUAGUUUAUCCUUUGAUACUCAAUUUUGCUAUUAGCGGAGAGCUUGAAUUAAAUGGUCCUGCUCAUCCCAAAUCGAUAAAACCAAAAGGGGUUUUAACAUUUGAGAAUGGUGAUGUGAAUCUUGUCGCAACUCAGGUGAGGCUCAAGCGAGAGCAUCUUAAUGUAGCAAAAUUUGAACCUGACAAUGGACUUGAUCCUACAUUGGACCUAGCCCUGGUAGGAUCAGAGUGGCAAUUUAGAAUUCAAAGUCGAGCUAGCAAAUGGCAGGAAAAACUGGUGGUGACUUCAACACGUUCAGUGGAGCGAGAUCUCCUUUCAACAACUGAGGCUGCAAGAGUCUUUGAGAGUCAAUUAGCUGAAUCAAUAUUGGAAGGUGAUGGCCAGCUUGCAUUUAAGAAGCUUGCUACUGCAACGCUCGAGACAUUGAUGCCAAGGAUAGAGGGCAAGGGAGAAUUUGGACAUGCACGGUGGAGACUGGUGUAUUCUCCUCAGAUCCCCAGCCUGCUCUCCGUUGAUCCCACAGUUGAUCCUCUUAGGUCUCUAGCUAGCAACAUCUCAUUUGGAACGGAAGUUGAAAUUCAGCUGGGAAAGCGUCUUCAGGCCUCUGUAGUUAGGCAGAUGAAAGAUUCGGAGAUGGCCAUGCAAUGGACGUUGAUCUACCAGCUGACGAGUCGUCUACGGGUACUCCUACAGUCAGCUCCAUCCAAACGUCUUUUGUUUGAAUAUUCCACAACUUCACAGGACUAGGAUAGUACAUUACCAUGAAAAUCCAGUAGAAUUCUGCUAGGCAGGGAACGUAGGCCCAUUAGCUCCAAAGCUGAAGAUUUGUGUAUUUUUAGUCUUAUUCUUUGACAGUAUAUAUCAAUUUCUUGUAAAUAUUGGUUCUUUGUUCAAAUGAAAUGAAACUAUUUGUUUAUAAGUUCCAAA